CGGGCCGAGCGAGGUUGAGUCAUGGGAACCUGGGCCCAGUUGGUUUUCAAGCCCGCAAGGCCAGAGGAAGGCCGGAUUCUUUCCAACCUCCCGAGCCGGCGCGCUGCCCUCAUGCCGGCAUGGCUGAAGAUGAGCCGGAUGCCAAGAGCCCCAAGACUGGGGGCCGGGCCUCCACAGGUGGAGCUGAGGCUGGGGAGCCUACCACCCUUCUCCAGAGGCUCCGAGGUACCAUUUCCAAGGCCGUGCAAAACAAAGUAGAAGGAAUCCUGCAAGAUGUACAGAAAUUCUCAGACAACGACAAGCUCUAUCUCUACCUUCAGCUGCCCUCAGGGCCCAGCACCGGAGACAAAAGCUCGGAGCCCAGCACGCUCAGCAAUGAGGAGUACAUGUAUGCCUAUAGGUGGAUCCGGAACCACCUGGAGGAGCACACGGACACCUGUCUGCCCAAGCAAAGUGUUUAUGAUGCCUAUCGGAAGUACUGUGAGAGUCUUGCCUGUUGCCGCCCACUCAGCACAGCCAACUUUGGCAAAAUCAUCCGAGAGAUCUUCCCUGACAUCAAGGCCCGAAGGCUUGGUGGCCGGGGCCAGUCCAAAUACUGCUACAGUGGCAUACGAAGAAAGACCUUGGUGUCCAUGCCGCCCCUGCCUGGGCUCGACCUUAAGGGUUCUGAGACCCCAGAAAUGGGCCCAGAAGUCACCCCUGCACCUCGAGAUGAGCUGGUGGAGGCAGCCUGCGCCCUGACCUGUGACUGGGCAGAACGAAUCCUGAAACGCUCCUUCAGUUCCAUCGUCGAGGUCGCCCGCUUCCUGCUCCAGCAGCAUCUCAUCUCUGCCCGGUCUGCUCACGCCCAUGUGCUUAAGGCCAUGGGGCUUGCUGAAGAAGAGGAACAUGCCCCUAGGGAACGGUCUUCGAAGUCCAAGAAUGGUGUAGAGCACCUGGAGAGUGGAGGCCAUAAGAAACCAGAGAGACCAGCCCAGCCUCCCAAGGAGCUGGAAGCCCGGGCUGGGGCUGCGGGACGUGGAGAGCGGAAGAAGAAUGUAGUUGAGAGCUCGGCCCCAGCAGCCAAUAACCCUCAGGUUAAUGCCCUGGUGGCCCGGCUGCCUUUGCUCCUUCCCCGGGCCCCUCGCUCACUUAUUCCUCCAAUCCGAGUCUCUUCGCCCAUCCUGGCCCCCAAGCUUCCUUCAGGCACCCUGAAAGUGGCUACACUGCCCCUGCCCAGUAGGCCUGGGGGACCCCAGGCAGCUGUGCCCAUCAUUAAUAUGAUCUUGCCAACUGUUCCUGCUCUGCCCGCGCCUGGGCCUGGGCAGGCUCCUUCCGUGGGACUCACUCAGGCCUGGGGCACAGAGCACAGAGAGGUAGUCAUGGGUUAUGGUGACCCCGGAGCCUAUGACAAGGGUGGCAAGAGGACCGCUGAGGUACCCGUGAGUGAGGCCAGUGGGCAGGACCCACCAGCUAAAGCAGCAAAGCCGGACAUGGAGGAUACAGCAAGCGAUGCCAGAAGGAAGCGGGGGCGCCCUCGGAAAAAGUCAGGUGGGAGUGGGGAAAGGAAUUCGACCCCCGACAAGUCAGCAGCUGCCGUGGACUCUGCCCAGGCCUCGGCGUCACCGUGGGAAACGUGGGGCUCCCGAAGGGAAAGCAGCUCCGCGGCAGGGUCAGGGUCAGAGAGGCCGGGGCCAGCGGGAGGGGCCGAGAAGCGCGCAGCACUUGCCCAAGGUCAGGAAGAUGGCACUGUGUCCAGAGCAGGAAGGGGCCCCAGUUCUCGGCAUGCCAAAGAAGCGGAAGAGAAAACUCCCCUCGCUGCCCCAAAAGUCAGUGUCAUCAAGGGCAGCAGGAGCCAAAAGGAGGCUCUUCAGCUGGGGAAGACAGAAGCAGGCACCGCAGCACAGGGCACUAAAGACUUCAGGGGGCACGGGCUCCAAACACCCCUGGCCCGUGAGCGUAAAGACCCCAAAGAGGCACCCCCAUGACAGCUGUGCGGGGAGGAGUCCUGUCCUUCCGUGAGCCCUGCCUGUCCGCCUGGUAGAGGCCCUUCUCUGCACUUGCUUCUUGUGUGGCUGCUCUGCCCUGAAGGGAGUCCGUUCUCUCGUGGACAGCGGCGCCGCCCAGCCUCACACACUGCCUGGCUGCCACCUCUGGCCUUCCCAGCCCGAAACCUUGACUUCAUAGUGUAACCAAUAAAUCCAUAGUGACCUCUUACCUGGACCCCUGUGCUAUCCUGUGGGAAGAUAGGGAUGGGUAAGUAUAAUGAAUGUAUAGGUUAGGGCAUCUUCUGGUUUUAAAUCACAGAAAACCUAACUCAAACUGGGUUAAAAUAAAAUUAAAAAAAAAAGACUUACUGGCUCAUGUACCUGGAAAGGCCAGAGGGAGUGCUGGCUCCAAGUGGCGUUUGAUUCAGUGGCUGACCGUGUCCCUAAAUACCUGAUUUGUUUUCUCACUGCUCUUUCUGUAGCCACCUUGUGGCUGCCAGUACUCCCAGGAUUACAUAUUCCCUUCAUGUCAACCAAAAAAGGAAAAGGCUUCUUUGUUCCCCACAGUCCUAGCAAAAAACCCUGCACGUGGGUCACAGGCCACAGCUGCACAAUCACUGCGGCCACCAUCUAUGCCAAUUGGCCUGUUCUAUAAUGUGGACUACUCCUUUAGGGAAAAGGGGGGCGCAGCCUCCUGAGAAGCAUGCAGAUGGCCUAAAUGGGAACCUGGGGCAGUUACAGGGAAUGACCUCGCCUCUUGCUCGGGUCUCAGAAGGCAGGAGCAGGCGUUCGCUGUCCUUGAGGGACUCUCUUCAGUCUCCUUGAGAUGACAAUCUUGUUUCACCUACACCUCAGAAAUGGAGCUCCCUCCUUUUCUGGAUUCAGAAUUUUCACACUCACCGCAUUCCUGCUUCCCUUACCUUUCACCCUAUCGCCACUUUGACCAGCUAGUCAUUUUGCUAAAUUCAUUGUGUUUCCACCAGGUGUCAGUAUCCUGUCACACAUGUAACAGGGCUUGGCCGGCACUGUGGGCUUUGGACUAGGAGUAUAUGGAAGGAGACAGUUCUGCACCUCAGGGAGCACCGAUGGGAAGGGAAUCCAGACCCCCCCCCCCCAGGUGUAUCCUUGGGGAAAGCAGUGAACGGAUACUUAUUGAGGACCCACUUCGUCCUCUACAUAGGGUAGCUUCUGUCAGGGAAUCUUGGUUCUUCCCAAGAAAUACAAAUUUUUCUUUCAGGGAGACUUCAUGAAUUUCCACCACAGCAAAGUUUUUAAAAUUAUAAUAUGUAAUAUUUGAUAUCUAUAAAGAAUAUGUAAUGUGUAUAAAUUAUGAAGCAUAAUAAAAUGAGUACCUAUGGCUCAUCACUCAAUUUACACAUUAAAGCAUUAGAAAUACCAUUGAGUUUAUUU